UGGGAAAGGUGCGCUUGUAGGGCGCAGGCUGGGCCAGUAGGGCGCCGCGCUGGACACAAACACGUGCCAUUCUACCCACUGUGUCCUAGCCUGGCGCUGGUUACUCCUAGUCUGUUGCUCGAAACAUUGUCCUCCUAGCUCGUUUCUACCUUCGCAAGCACACCUUUCCGGGUGGAUAUUGGUGGGCCAGAUGGUUCUCCAAGAACCAGUCUUGCCCUGGACCUGAAUGGUAAAUGAACAGUGAUAUUGGUACAGUGAUUUUUGUAAGUGCUUUUAAAACAGUGCCAUUAAAAUAAUGGUCUUGGAACAGUGCCAUUAAAAUAAUGGUCUUUGAACAGUGCCAUUAGAAUAUUGAUCUUGGAACAGAGAUAUCUGAACAGUUGUAACAGAACAGUGGUACCAGAACAAUGGUAUCAGAACAGUGUCACUUCCCUAGCAUGACUGUCACCGACACUGCUUCAUCAUGGUUGUAACAGUGACAUUCUCGUGUGAACAGUGACACUGCUCCAGCAGGGUUGUCGCAGUGACACUGUUGUGCUAAUAAGUCUUCACUGAAGAGUGCCAGUGCCUGGCGGGUGAGUGAUGCAGCCAGGCACUGGGAGGGCCCCACCUUGGGAGGGUCCCAUCCUCACCAUCCCUGUGUCAGCAUGAGUGCUGACACAUACCUGACGUCAACGCUACCUUCCUCCAAGGGUCUGGAACGUGUCUUGGAGGAACUGAUGGGUGAGUCUGCGUGGCUGAAGGUGCGAUCAGACCUGUACCCCGACCCCGGGAGCCCAUCAGGUGCAGGGUCCCUGCAGCAACAUGACCACCCUCACGACUGGGACCCUGCCACCCCCUGCUUCGUCUGCCAGGGAGCCAGCCACACCACCACCACCGCCACAACCACCCUGGAGGAAGGAUCAGUGGAGGCGGACACGCCUCUGACACAGCCAGAAAGUUCUCCAGCAAGACGGUCAGUGACACCAGCACCCCCACUGGAGGACCCCAGGCUUGACACACCCCACAACCUCCACCACACUGACGAGGAGGCAACAGAGACCACCCUGGACCUCUCCACCCCGCGCCCUCCGUCCACUCCCACCUCGUCAGCAGUCUCCGGGGGUUGUGUGGCCAGACCAUACAUGGGGGGUGUGGUGAGGGGUGUCGGUGCCCUGGGGGUCCUCGGGGGGGAGGUCGCCCCCCGCCUUCCCCUCGAUCUAUACACCGCGAAUUUCCCCCCGCAUCUCCUCCCUUGGAUCGUCUCCUCGCAUCUCCAUCAACUAGCCAGAGUACAUCAGGAGCAGCAGGAGCAACCAGACAUGACGCCAGAGGAUAAGGAGCAGCAGCCACUGGACCUGAGUGCCAAAUCUCAAGUGACAAGUGUGGUCAAGCCCGAGUUGGGAACCAUGGCUGACACCACCAAUACCAGCAGCAGUCCGCUCUUCCACUAUGACACAGUCAAGCCUCUCACAACCCUUGAUACCAAGAUCACAUCAACCAGAGGGCGGCGACGGGGUGACAUGAGCAAGCGGUCGUAUACGGAAGAGGAACUUCAAGCAGCACUGCGGGAUAUACAGAGUGGGAAGCUGGGAACAAGGAGAGCUGCUGUUAUUUAUGGUAUUCCUCGCUCCACCCUCAGGAACAAAGUUUAUAAACUAGCAAUGGAGCGGGAGCGAAACAAAAAACUGGCAGAACAGAGUAAUUCCACCAUACUGCCAGACACGAAGACAUUCUCAGAGUUCCACAACGGGAUCAGUGAGAGUGGAACCAGCCCGGACAAUGAGAUCAGUGCAUCACCAGAGUGCUUCAGGACACUCCUUAAAAACAAGAUGGCUGAGAAACUGGAGGAAAUGAGUCGGAAAGGCCUGGGUACUGGUGACAACAAGAAGGUGGUGGAGUCUGCACUCAAGUAUCUGAUGGAGAACAUUCCCAAACUUGCUCUCAAUAAAGACAACAAGGAGGUAUCCACUGAGAUUCUUAGUAGCAUUUCUUUCUAUCCCCAGUUAAGUGAUUUUAUAAAGAAGGUAGUUGAAGAACGGUACAACGAAGAACUACAAAGAAGCAAAUCCAGAUUAAAUGGAUCGGUUGAUAUUCAUGCUGUAAAUGGUUUAAAGGGUGAAAAUUGUGACCUUACUAUCCCGUCCUACUCUCCCUCGUGUAAUGGCCUCGUGAAGGGAGAAUCGGAACCAACAGCCACAGAUUCUAACCAUUCUAGUCAGCCACUGAUCUCCUCUUUACCCAGUCCAAACCUUAAAGAAAUGAUUGCUCAAAUGAUAGGGCAAAAAUUAGGAUGUGAUCUCCCACUUGGUAAAGAAACAGUAUCUGGGAAUGGUUCUGGCAGGAAGUUACAGCAGUCCUUGUUAUUCUCUUCGCAGGGGGACUCCAAUACCAAACUUAAUGGAGAGAAACGGGACCCAGCAAAGAAAGGCUCAUCCACUUCUUCACCUUCAGGGGGUAAAGGUUCGAGGCCAAAACGAGGGAAGUAUAGAAACUAUGACCGAGAUAAUCUUCUGAAAGCAGUCCAAGCUGUACAAAGUGGUGAAAUGAGUGUACACCGAGCUGGAAGCUUUUAUGGCGUACCACACUCGACCCUCGAAUAUAAAGUGAAAGAAAGACAUCUCACUCGUGGUAAGAAUAAGAAGGAACUGAACAUAUCUUCUGGCUGCUCCUCUCCACUGGAUAAAGUUAAGAAAGAAAAUACUAGAAAUUCAGCAGAGCCUGUAAGGAAUCCUGCAGACACUACAAAGACAGCAGACAUAAUUAGGAACCAAGCAGAUACCACCUCAGCUAUUGAUCUAACAGGAGAUGAAAGCUCUAAGAGUGAAGAAAACAUUACCAUUCGACCUGUCAUGAAGAAAGCGCGAGUUGAUGGGGAUACAACGGCGUAUCCAGGUUACCCGCCCCUGUCAUCCACCACUCUCUCCUCCACUUCAGUCACCCCAUCCCCUAUAUCAUCCACUCCUAUUUUAGCCAGUCCAUUCAGUCUUUGGAAUGGAGCCUCCAUGGUCCCACCUUUUCUCUCCACAUACCAGCAAGACCCUUUCUAUGCAUCCCAGAUGAUUCGGCGGUUCCAAGAGGCGGCGGUGAAGAGUCACGGUAGUGUCAGUUCCCUCUCACCACCCAGUCAUGAGCGUUCCAUCUCACCUGCACUUAACACUCAGACCAAGGAACCCUCAGUCACCCCCCCCUAUCAAGGGAGUGUUCUAGAUGCCCUUCUUAGGGGGAAAACAACUCUUACUAAUAAGACAACCACCAGUAGCAGCAACAGUAGCAGUAAUAGUCCCCUUCCAAGUAGUGACACCUCGUGGCAAGUUUCAUCCAGCCUUCUGAGUCUGACCAAAGGCUUGGUGGUGGAGCAGCAGAACCAGCAGAGGGUAGAAGAUGCUUCCACACCCCCACUGAUACAACCUCAGGGCUUCAUGGCCUUCAACACCCUCUACUCCUUCCCCGCUCUGGCAGCUCGUAGCACUUUAGCUGCAGCGCUUCAAAAACGUCCUUCCCCCAGGAAUUCCCACAGGGACAUUUCCAGCCCAGAAGUUGAUAUCCUUCCACUGCCAUUAGUGAAGGGUGCCGCCCACCACCCCACUCCUGUAGCUGCAGAUCAGCCGUGAGACAGUCUACCUAGCAGCACCUGUGCCACCUGCCCACGAUUGAGACAUAUAUGACAUAGUAAUUUAGGAUAAUAGUUCAAUUUCUAUUUUUUGUUACUAAUAUUGCUUUAAUCAGUUUGGUAACUAGAAAUGGGAAUAUAUGAUGAUAAUCAUUAUAAACUCGGCUGUGUCAGCUAAGUUCACCAUUUCUAUAUAUUUUUCUGAUACUUCAUAUAUGAUUCCUUUUAUUUUUCAUGUGUGCUGAUCUUGUCGUUGUUGGUUAUUUCAGUUGUGAAUAACCGACCUUAUCUUAUUCAUAAUGAAUACAAGUAAAUAUUCUAUUUCUUUAAAAUCGUGAGAAAGAGCCAUUGACGCUUUUAAUGUUACUCAUGGUAAUUCAUGCUUAAUUUUAUAUUUUCUAAUCUUUAAAAAAAAAGACAAUCUGCCCAUAUAUCAAUUAUUCCAUAAAUCGAAGAGAAAUUUAGUGGAAUUUUUAGAUGGAAACUCGAUGUGUUGGAAGAUUGCCACAAUGUAUCGAGUUGCCUGGGGUAUAUCCUGUCAGUGAGACCCAUACGGAGGUUUCUGAAGGUCAAGAAUGCUCAACAUUCUCACAAAAUGCUGAAUGAAUUUGCCUCUGGAAAAGAUGCACAUGUGUAAGCAAUAACAAGUCAGCCAUAUCAAGGCUCAUUCUAUGAAGAAUUUUUUUUUUUUUUUUGGCCUUUGGAAAAUUAAUACAAAAAUUUCCUCUUAAAAAUCUUAAAUGAAUUUUUAGUAGAGUAGAAUUUUCUUGAUCAAUCCUUAUUGCAUCAUUUAUCAAAUAUUAAUACAUAAAAAAUUUUCAUUACUUAUUUUAUCAUUUAUGGAUUAAAUUAGUAAAUGGAAGAUUAAGUACAGUAUAGUAUGUACAGUAUUAGAUCAUUUUAUGAAAUACUUUAUUCUGAACGACAUUAUCCAAAGUUUUCUCAAGCCAUUAAAAAUCACUUAAAGUUAACAUCAUAUAGUAUGCUAAAAUACCAAGUAAAUUACCUAGGAAAUAUGGUUGAAGUGCAUUACAUUCUCCUCUUUAGUUACUUGUCUGUAAAAUGUCGCAGAAAUUUUAAAUUACACAAAGGCUUUUCAUUCUGAGUUGAUUAGCUAUAAGGAAGUUAUCAGUAUAUAUAAAUUUUAAUAUUACCAAUGAGCUGGUAAUGGCUGGUUUCCUGGUCUUCCAGAAUGUAGUUAGAGCUUGUCUGGUGACUGUCAUCACUUGCUGAAACAAUGGCAAAUUAGUAAAAAAUAAUAGAAUACAAAUAUAAAUUCUUAUUUUAUGCAGUACAAAAUAAUGUAGUUUACAUGAAAUAAAACAUUGGUAGUUAUAAAAGGAAGUCACUAGUAUGCAAAUCAUUCCAGGUGAACUAAUCCUAAUGCUUGAAGACUUACUGUUAAGUAGGAUUUCUUAUGAUGUUAACUACAUCAUAUGUACACAGAUAUCCUAUUCAUGAGAGAGAGAGAAGCUUGAGAUGACAUUUUCGGUCCUACUUGGAUCAUUUACAAAGUCACACUGUGACUUUGUAAGUGAUCCAAGUUUGAUCGAAAUGUCAUCAUGAGUUUCUCUCUCUCCUAUGUGAGGGUUUUUUUGUGUAUUGUUCCAGUCACAGUACGGUGCCUUUUUGUUCUUUACAAUCAUAUGUGCAAUAAGACAGGCAGCUAAUGAACAAAUUGUACAAUUUCAAAAGUGUGACUUUUAUUGAACUAACUCAAUGAUCUUAUGUUUUGUGGAGUAACUGAAUAGAGAUAGUGAAGAUACAGCAAGUUAGUUAAUUACAGUAGAAAUAUGAAGGGGUAAGAUGUUAAUCAGUUUUCUAUGGGAGUUUAAGGAAGACUGGAAGAAGAAGAAAAGGGACAGAGUUGGAUGGGCUGGUUUUGUUUGACACACUGUAUGGCUGUUUUGGUUACAUUAGUGAGAUCAAAGAUUAUUUCCACAUGAUACAAUCUUUAUACAGAAAUGAGGGAGAGGGUGUUUUAUUAACAAUAGCCCUGAAUCGAGCGGCAGAUAGGUUACCUUUCGAUUGUAUCACGUACAUUCCAGUCAGAUGUUUUGAUUGUAUCAUGUACAUUCCAGUCAAGUGGUGGAUAGGGGACCUUUUGAUUGUAUAACGUACACUCCAGUCAAGUGGUUUCAACACUAUACAUAAAUUUAUUGUCAUUAUACGGUACUGUACUUAAUCUAGAUGACGUGAUUAUUGCUGAACACACACUGCUCUUUUGAGGUUUUCUGUGGAGAUGAAUUAAUGAGAGAGUAAAAUGAGCAUUGUGGGAACAACAUAGUGCAACCUCUAGUGUGGGGGUAAUGGGUGUUAAGCCAGUAGCUACUGGAUGUGAUAAAGGGUCAGUAUUUGGCGAUAUUGAGAUUUAUUAGUAACUUAAGCCCAUAUCAAACAAUAGGAAAAAAAUAUAUGAAAUUUUAUGACAUGGUUCGAGGCCAGUUUAGGCUCUAGUUGCUUGCAGACAACCUCGAUGAUAUUGCUCCUACUGUGAGGGCAGACAAUAUUACUGCUUCUACUGUGAGUGCAGACGAUAUUGCUGCUUCUACUGUUAGAGCAGACGAUAUUGCUUCUUAUACUGUAAGGGCAGAUGAUAUUGCUGCUUCUGCUGUGAGGGCAGAUGAUAUUGCUGCUCCUGCUGUGAGAGCAGACGAUAUUGCUCCUUCUACUGUAAUGUCAGCAUGAAGGUCAACUCGAUAGGUCAUGACACUUAAGAGUCCCUUUUCUGAACUGCUACAGGAAGAUAACCUGUAGUGACGAUGAACCACUCAGCAACCAAUCAGAUCAUCUGUUUUGGUUCAUAAUGUGCCAUGGUGAUCCGGCUCAUUUUAAAAAAAGACGCUUUGGAAUCCGGGUUCUCAUAUUCUGAUAUGCUUCAAAUAGCCUCCAAACCCGUCCAUGUAGAAGUAUUUAAUAGCAUAAGAGGUAUUUCUAUUUUGUCAUUAUAGUUUCCCAAUGGUGAUGAUAUACAGUAUAUAUAAUACUGGGGUUUUUUAAGGGCUGAAAAAAUUAUUCAGACCUGUUCCAUUGCUCUAACCUUCGUCUUAAUGUAGUAAGCUAGAAUAUAUUACCAACUCGUUGUUUCUCUACAGGGAAGAACAUAUUUGAAUAGACAAUAAAAAACAGCAUAUGAGGUACAAUGUAACCAUAUUAAGUACAAUUAUGUAUAAAUGUUGCUAUUUUUCCAGUAACAUCUCUCAAAAAACAAAUCAGACGCAUGAAAAUCGUUCAUAGUGAAUGUCAUUAUGAAUAUCCUACUGUUUUUUUACUGUCACCAUUGUAAGUUUAUCCCUGUGAGGUGUACAGUAUUAGGUCACCACCAAUGUCCAGCCAAAUAAAUUAUAACAGAGCUUUCUAAUACAGUUGAGAUGAUUCAUUUAUGGCUGUGAAUUGUUCUGGCAGUCACUGAUGAAUUGUCUUGGUAGUGAUGGUGGUGUUGGCCUGCCUUGUUAGAGCAUAUGUUUAGACACUGUCCUUUGUACGCUGCUCAUGGCAGUGGUGCACAAGACAUACAUUGCAGAACAAGUUUUUGUUUGUCUGUAUACCAACAAAUACUGUUCAUUAGAGAGAAAAUCUGCAGUUUGUGGUAUUUUGUUGAGACGUUUUAUUCACCAGGGACUUUAUCAGUUGAUAGUCUCUGGUGUAUGAAACGUUUUCUCAGUAAAAUGCCAUAACCAACAAAGUGGACAAAACAUCUUUUAACAACAAAAUGCCAUAAACCACCUUGUGUGUCUUAUUAGCAGAUGAAGUUUGUGUUUAGUGGAACUGGUGUGGUGGUACUGUCCAGGUUGUAAAUAAAAGAGAGGUUUGCACUGAUCAAGACAUUUAUUAAGGAAACUUUUCCUUAAUGUCUUGAUCAGCUCGCACGUGUCUUUUACCUACAAGUUUUUGUUGGGAGAAUGUUUUGCUCUAUGUAGAGCCUUAUCAUAUCUUGACAAAACUCUACAGAAAGCAAAAUAUUAUUCUGAUAAGAGCUUCUUCCGAAACGUGUGUCUUGUGUUCCACUGUUGUCAGGAGUACGGUACUGGGAUCCAGCUCACGGCAAUGCUCAUGAACCAGUGAUAUAUCCUGACCUACUUGUACCUACAAUCCAAUAUUCAGUAAUAUUUUGAUUAUCCUUAAUAGUAUAUGGAGACUCCAAUCUCAGUGUGAUACAUGGCACCUCUAUGUAAUGUAAGCAGCUGUUGUCACUGUGGUUAAUGGAGGCGGAUCCAAAUUUUGGCUUCAAACCAUGGUACAGGUGGGGUUUGAAGCCAUGGCUUCAACUCUGUCUCAGUGUUAUUUCCACCCAUUACUGAUCAUUUCCUUUUGUCCCCAUUGCCUUGGUAUCCAAAGAAGGUGUGCUGGUGUGUGUGUGUCUGGCAGAACACCACGACAUAAACAAAUAUGUUAAUACGUAUUUAAAAAAUGUUGAGUAUAUAAUUUAGGAUAUUGAUUCUAGAGUUUAUUAUUAUUAUUAUCAUCAGACUCUGCUUGUACAUAUCUGAGACUAAUCUAACUUACUAUUACAAUUAAAUUUCAUUUCACAUUGAAAAAUGCAUGUAAGUCACUUGUAUUCUUCUCUUUUUCUUUCAAUACAUCGGCGUAUCCCACUGAGGUAGGGUGGCCCAAAAGGAAAAACGAAAGUUUCUCCUUUACAUUUAGUAAUAUAUACAGGAGAAGGGGUUACUAGCCCCUUACUCCUGGCAUUUUAGUCGCCUCUUACAACACGCAUGGCUUAUGGAGGAAGAAUUCUGAUCCACUUCCCCAUGGAGAUAACAGGAAAUAAACAAGAACAAGAACUAGUAAGAAAAUAGAAGAAAACCCAGAGGGGUGUGUGUGUAUAUAUAUAUAUAUAUAUAUAUAUAUUAUAGGUAGUAGGUUGGUAGACAGCAACCGCCCAGGGAGGUACUACCGUCCUGCCAAGUGAGUGUAAAACGAAAGCCUGUAAUUGUUUUACAUGAUGGUAGGAUUGCUGGUGUCCCUUUUUCUGUCUCAUGAACAUGCAAGAUUUCAGGUACGUCUUGCUACUUCUACUUACACUUAGGUCACACUACACAUACAUGUACAAGCACAUAUAUACACACCCCUCUGGGUUUUCUUCUAUUUUCUUUCUAGUUCUUAUUCUUGUUUAUUUCCUCUUAUCUCCAUGGGGAAGUGGAACAGAAUUCUUCCUCCGUAAGCCAUGCGUGUUGUAAGAGGCAACUAAAAUGCCGGGAGCAAGGGGCUAGUAACCUCUUCUCCUGUAUAUAUUACUAAAUGUAAAAGGAGAAACUUUCGUUUUUCCUUUUGGGCCACCCCGCCUCGGUGGGAUACGGCCGGUGUGUUGAAAGAAAGAAAGAUAUAUAUAUAUGCUUGUACAUGUAUUUUUAGUGUGACCUAAGUGUAAGAAGAAGUAGCAAGACAUACCUGAAAUCUUGCAUGUUUAUGAGACAGAAAAAAGACACCAGCAAUCCUACCGUUAUGUAAAACAAUUGCAGGUUUCUGUUUUACGCUCACUUGGCAGGAUGGUAGUACCUCCCUGGGUGGUUGCUGUCUACCAACCUACUACCUAGGACUUGUAUUCUUAUCUGUUAAAUAUGUGUUUUUAUUAAUUAUAAAGUCUGAUGAUAUUUUUCACUCCAUUUUUUUCACUCAUUUCUUCUACAGUUGGUUUACUAUUUGUCAUUGUUCAUUUUUUAAAAUCGCCUGUCAUGGCUUCUCCUGGAAGACUCGUCUAAAAAAAAAGUUACUUUUUGUAUAAAUAAUUAACCCUUUGAGGGUUUCGGCCGUACUAGUACGGCUUACGACCCAGGGUUUUUGACGUACUAGUACGCCUAAAUUCUAGCGCCCUCAAAUCUAGUGGGAGAAAGCUGGUAGGCCUACAUAUGAAAGAAGGGGUCUAUGUGGUCAGUGUGCACAGUAUAAAAAAAAAUCCUGCAGCACACAGUGCAUAAUGAGAAAAAAAAACUUUGACCGUUUUUUUUUAAUAAAACAGCGACUUUGCACUGUAUUUUCGUAUGGUAUUUAUUGUUGUAUUCUAGUUUUCUUGGUCUCAUUUUAUAGAAUGGAAGACAUAUUACAGAAAUAGAGAUGAUUUUGACUGGUUUUACAAUGAAAAGUACCUUGAAAUUGAGCUCAAAGUAGCAGAAAUGUUCAAUUUUUACCAAAGUUCAAAAGUAAACAAAUCAUGCCAAGCGUCCAAUACACGUCAACUGGUGAGUCUAAUAUUCUUUCGCAAGUACGCCAAUAUUAUUUAUACCAGUUUUUACACUACUGCAGUAGUCUGCAUAACAGUAAAUCUUCUAUUUUUUGUGAGAAUAAAAAUUCAAAGUGGAAAGCAAAAGAAUGUAGGAGGGGCCUUGAGACGUGACUAAUGAACAGAGAAAAUGUCAUUUUAGUGCCAAGAAUGUCUUUCUUGUUUAUUCUGGACCCUAUUCGGAAAUUGGCAUUUUUUGAAAUUUGUGUGAAAUUGGCAAAAUUGCUAAAUUCUGACCACUGUACUGGAUAGUUGAAAUUGAUAAAUGGGUGGUUUCUUGCACUCAUUCGAUAGAAAAAAUGGAGUUCUAGCGAAAUAUUCAUGUUUUUUGUCAACUAGUACAGUGGAAUUGGCCGAAAAUGGGGCUCAAAGUGGGCAAGAUUGCCGAUGCAUAAACAUCGCCGAGACCGCUAACUUCGCGAGAGCAUAAUUCCGUAAGUUUUCCAUCAAAUUUCAAACUUUUGGUGUCAUUAUGAUCGGGAAAAGAUUCUCUAUCUUUUCAUAAGAGAAAAUUAUUUUUUUUUUUUAAAUUUGGCCGACCCUGAGAACGAGUCUCGGAGAGGGCCUGUCGACCCUCAAAGGGUUAAAGUGGGACAAUGAGUGUAAGUUGUGGAUGCAAAGUUCUUCUUCAACUAGUGUGAAAGAUACUGCCCUUCAGUGUGCAAUACAUAUAAUAUUUACAGUAGGUCUCUCUCAAUAUUUACAGUAGAUCUCUCGUAAUAUUUUCAGUAGAUCUCUCGUAAUAUUUACAGUAGAUCUCUUAAUAUUUACAGUAGAUCUCUUAAUAUUUACAGUAGAUCUCUCUUAAUAUUGCCUACACAGGAUAGGCUCGAUCCAAUCGUUCAAAACUAGGCCUAAAUUUUCACAUAGACCAGGGCAACAAUGCAGUGUGAUCAGACACUCUUCUUCUUCUUUCAAUGUACCAAGUUUCUCCUUUCAAAUUUAGUAAUAUAUACAGGAGAAGGGGUUACUAGCCUCUUGCUCUCGGCAUUUCAGUCACCUUUUACAACACGCAUGGCUUACGGAGGAAGAAUUCUGUUCCACUUCCCCAUGGAGAUAAGAGGAAAUAAACAAGAACAAGAACUAGAAAGAAAAUAGCAGAAAACCCAGAGGGGUGUGUAUAUAUAUGCUUGUACAUCUAUGUGUAGUGUGACCUAAGUGUAAGUAGAAGUAGCAAGACGUACCUGAAAUCUUGCAUGUUUAUGAGACAGACAAAAGACACCAGCAAUCCUACCAUCAUGUAAAACAAUUACAGGCUUUCGUUUUACACUCACUUGACAGGACGGUAGUACCUCCCUGGGCGGUUGCUGUCUACCAACCUACUACCUAGGUGUGAUUAGACACAUUUUUAUUAAAAAAAGAAUCUUUAAUCCAUGUUACACUUUAUUAUACAGUGUAUCCACAUAAUAUCUGCCUAUUGUGUGUCUAACCUCAGUAUGAAUUAGUUGAUUCUUGAAACAAUGGUGCAGCAUGGAAGGUAUUAUUGAUAGUAUUGUAAAAAAAAUUAUUGGUACAGGCCAAAAUUUUUUUUGUAGACUCUUUUUAUGACUAGUUAACAAUUCUGUAAUGAAAAUUUGCUUGUGUAAAAUCUCUCUAGCAUUUCUUGUAAAUUCAGUCAGAUAAGGUUAGGUUAGGUAAGGUUAGGCAAGGUAUGGUUUAUCAGGAAGCAGGGUAAGUGUUUCCUGAUGUGGGUUUUAGAUGACCCACAGCUGGAGCUUUUGGUCAUCUGACUGAGGCCUUCCACUGGCUUACCCCUCCACCCCUUUAAGAAAAAGUGUAUUUCGAGCUUUCAUUUGCAUUUACAAAAAUGUGCGUUAAAUAGAGUCGAUCGUUUUGGUAAAUAGCCUUCGUUAUUAUAAUCUCUUAAUGAAUAAAUGAGAAUUAGGAAUAAUUAUUUGAAUAAUUUUGUGGAUCCUUUAAAGAAAGUGAGGGGAAAGGAGGUAUCUGGAGGCUGGUGAAGAGCUUUUGAUCCAAGGAAUUGGAGAUGCCAUCCCUCUGGAUCAAAUCUGAUACGUAUUAGUAACUCGCAUUUUCCAGUUCUUAUGAUUAUUUUUAUUAUUAUUUUAACUCGCUAGCUGUCUCCCACCAAGGCAGGGUAGCCUGAAAAAGAAGAAAUGAAAGUUUUUCAUUUUACAUUUAGUAAUGUAAACAGGAGAAGGGGUUACUAGUCCCUUGCUCUCGGCAUCUUAGUUGCCUCUUACGACACCCAUGGCUUAUGGAAGAAAAAUUCUUUUCCACUUCCCCAUGGAGAAUUGUUUGUUAUUGUUAUUGUGUAUCAGCAGAUAUGUACGAGCAGGUGUAUAAUUUACUUAGGGUAAAUGAGAUAGGAGCAUUCUGUUUAGAACUGUUCAUAAUACUACUAGAGAUCUGAACACUUUGUUAAAUGUUGAGGGGUUUGAACUGUGUUUGCAACACUAAUGUUGAGAAUAAUGAUGUAUUACUCUAAUAAUGUUCAGAAUGAUGAAUUUACUUAAUCAGUGUUUGCAACACUGAGGUUCUAACUUAUCUUCGGAACACUGGCAUUAAUAACAUGAUGUUAGGAACAUUGAUGUUCAGAACAAUGAUAUUCAGAACAUUGAUGUUAAGAACAUUGAUGUUCAGAACAUAGCUACUUGUCCUCAUGUUUGAGACUCUUACGUUGAUAAUAUUCAGAUCAAUGAGGUUCUAAUUGUGACAUGUAGGAACACUGGGGUUCUAAACCUUUUUUUCAGUGAGUCAAACACCAGUAAGAGAACAGAGGCAUUUGUGGAUACCAAAUAAACUGCCCAAAGGAUCCGCCUUCAUAUAUAGGUUCUUCUUGCCAUGUUGAGAUGCCAUACUUCUGUGACAAUCUGACAAGGAAUUCAACAGGGUACAAUGAACUACUCCAUAAGUGCAAUUAUUGUUCCAUACUUGUGGGAUUGGAACUCUGGAACUCUCUAGAGAUUGGACGAUGGAGGAUACGUUGGUGAUGGACUGUUGGUGGUACUUAACUGGUGAUUGUCUUAUCCAGGCUCUAUACUUCGAUUACCAAGAGUGUGUUUACUCUGUUGUAUCCCAAUUUACCUGAACGUAAUUUAAUGUCAAUAAUAUAUGUAUUUUGUAUAUAAUGUGUGACAAAGCUACUUAAGGUUCUCUUGACUAGCUUCAAUUCGGGUACAAACAUUUUCAGGAUUUUGUUAUUGCCCGAAAACAAGAAAUUGCGGAAGUGAGAUGAGACAGUAAGGAUCUGUAAAGUGUGUUGUGUAGCUUACUUACUGACAACUGUCAUCAUCCAAUCAAAACAUUUGUGGCUAUCUGUACAUCCAGACAGAGCACAGGUUAUGUGCCCACCUCUGUAUUGUUCAAUGAAAUCGACCAAAUGCAUCACUUCCGGAGUACCGUAUUUGAUGAAUGAGAAUUGUAGGUAUUGUUAAGCCUCCUCCCGUCCCCGUGUGUAUAGUUAUACGGCUACUGUAGUGUUUUCAUGUUGCUUAACAUAUACGAAAAUAAUUGGCUGGAAUUAUGUAGUAUCGUUUUAUUUUUAUGAAUUUUUUCAUGAUCAUUUACUGGUCUUUGAUUGGCUGGGUCGAGUGAUACAUCUCCGCUAGCCAAUGAGCGGCCACCUGCGGACUGCUCAAUGUGUAUACGUCUGUCUUUGAAAUGAAUCUUCAUAAUUUUAGUCAUUAAUUGGGUACCUCUUAUGGAGGUUAUAAAGAUACUUAAACCAGUGUUAUGUGUGUGUUUGUAUAUAUUGAUGUAGGUGUGCAGUGGCUUUGUCUCUGUUACUGUAGAAAAAACCAUUUGACAUAUGAAAAUGUUCAUGUUACCAGCAUCCACACUCUCAAAGUUUUCUUUUUUAUAACCCCCCUCCCCCACACCCUCACGUUCCUUAACUACUGUACUGUGCUAUUUAUGUACAGGAUUUGCCAUUCAAAAUGUUUUAGAAAUUAUCACUUAUUUUCAUUAUGUAAGUUUUAAUUACCAACAUUUGUAAAAAAAAAAAAAGGUUUGUCAGGGUUUUGUAUUAAAUCUUUCAUUGUCGUAAUGCAGUGAAUGUGAUCUCGUAAUGUGUUAAUUGUAGGUGAGUGAGUGUUGCGAGAACGAGGGGACAGCACUUGUUCCCAUCACAUCUGGCCAAAUUAUUACGUCACAUUGCCAAAUAUGAAUCUUCCAGCUUGUCUUUCUAUACUACAAGGUAUAUAGAGUAUCAUUAAGCAUGUAUGUAUGUUUUCUGUGAAGCGAUGGAGCCUUGAGCAGGUGGUUUGGCAGUACUGAGAGUAAAAGUCCAUCACUUAACCAGUUUAAUAUCUUUAUUAUGCACACCAUUCCCAUGGUGUGGGUGGAAGUCACACCAUACCCAUGUUGUGGGUGGUAGUCACACCAUACCCAUGUUGUGGGUGGUAGUCAUGCCAUACCCAUGGUGUGGGUGGUAGCCACACCAUACCCAUGGUGUGGGUGGUAGCCACACCAUACCCAUGGUGUGGGUGGUAGUCAUGCCAUACCCAUGAUGUGGGUGGUAGUCACACCAUACCCAUGGUGUGGGUGGUAGUCAUGCCAUACCCAUGAUGUGGGUGGUAGUAACACUAUACCCAUGGUGUGGGUGGUAGUCAAAAGAUUACAGAGGUACAUAAUGGGUCCAGAGACUGGGCUGCAAAGGUCUAAUAACUAAAGUUAACAGUGGUAAUGAACUGUUUACAUAGUACAUUACCAUUGUAACUUGUUCAGUUAUCAGAACUUUGUAGUCUAACCAGUGAACCACAGAUGGUAGAAGAAUUCUCAACCCUGAUGGCGCAGUGGUAAAGCAAUGAGCUGGUAGUAUUAAGACAGCCACACCAUGAAAUGAAGGCUCAAUCACUCCACUGAAUUGUUACAUUCGUUUAUUACGAAUUUACGAAUUUUCAGCAUACGUAGGUAAGUAAGCAGUACAGUAUAAAAACUAGAUCUCAGUAUUAAUUUACUUAAUAUGGAUGGAUAUAGGGAAAAAAAUGCUCGCUGUUUUGCCAGCUAGCUGGAUCUUCGUCCACAAAGUAUCUUGUGGUGAUGUGUAAAAAUACCCAGUACUUCCUGCUAUAUAUUUCAGUUUAGUAAUGAGUUAGACACAUGCACAACACUUGAGUAUCUUUAUUGUUGAAAUGUUUCGCCACACAGUGGCUUCAUCAGUCCUAUACAAAGAAGAUUGGUGAAGAUCAGAAGGAUUUUGAGAUAAUUAGUCCAUGGAAUCUAUGCAAUUAGUUCAUCAAGAUUGAUAAGAAUGCAGCAUAUGCAUAAAGAAGGGGAUUAUAUAAGCCCCUUCUUCGCACAUACGCUGUAUUCUUAUCAAGAUUGAUGGACUGAUUACAUCGACUCCAGGCUGAGGGACUGAUUACCUCAAGCUCCUUCCAAGCAUCACUAUUCUUCUUUGUAGUAGACUGAUGAAGCCACUGGCAAAACUUUUCCAUAAAGAUACCCAAGUGUUGCACAUGUGGCUUAUCAACUUGUCUGUUCUCUGAACCAUUUAUCUGUUUUCAACUUACUAAUGUUCCAUUCGUUAUUUAUUUCACACUGAACUACCAAACAAAUUGCAAAUAGAGAUAGGUGGUAAAAAUAAUUAAAUUCUGAAUCAAUGAUAUCUUAAAAAUAAAAUUCUAAUAUAGUAUUUGGAAGUAUGAAUAUGUCUCAUGCAGUAAGGUAUGAUUUCUCAGCAUUUGCAGAGAUCCAGCCCCACUUGUUUGGAAGACCUGACUCCAACCUUGUGUAAUUCAAAGCCUGUGUUAUUCUGUAUCAUUCAACACUGUAUAAAACAGUGCCAUCAGUGCUACAAGGUAUAUUCCAAUUUUACAAGCAGAGAGUGAGCCACAUGGGUUUAACACUAUCAUGAAUGCAAGCCAGCUCAGGAUCUUUCACAUGUCUGUGCAUCAUCAGGUGCUAUGCAAACGUUGCAAGAGUAGCAACAAAUGGAAUGAGAGGAAGUUUUCUCGGAGUAAGGUAGCGUGGUGACACCAGCCAGUUCCUCUCAGAGUAUGAUAGCAUGGUGAUGCUGACCACAUUAACUCUGAGAAAACUUCCUCUCAUUCCACUUGUUGCUACUCUUGCAGCAUUUGUAUAGCCCCUGAUGAUGUAUGGAGAUGUGUGAAAGAUCUUGAGCUCUUCCAGAUCAACUGCUGUCUUCCAGGUCAGCUGCUGUCUUUCAGGUCAGCUGCUGUCUUUCAGGUCAGCUGCUGUCUUCCAGGUCAGCUGCUGUCUUCCAGGUCAGCUGCUGUCUUCCAGGUCAGCUGCUGUCUUUCAGGUCAGCUGCUGUCUUCCAGGUCAGCUGUUGGCCUCCAGGUCAGCAUAUUUAUUAUGUCUUCCAACUCAUUUCCCUUUUUUUCUCUUCUAUCUCAUCUCAGUUUCUUGUGGUUCAGUUAUUUAAUAACACUGGCAUUUUUAUCUAAUUGUGGUAGCAUAACGAAACUGAAAUAUGUAACAGUAUGGGUGUGUAGAGAGGAGCGCCAGUGGGAUCAUCAUCAUCAAAAUAUAUUGUCAUCUUUAAGUGUUCACUUUGUACAUUUUUUCUAAAUUAUAGAUGGUCACCGCUGGAUCUGUGUAUGGAAAUAUAGAUUCAGGGAGAAUUAGAAAAAAUAAAAAGGUCACAAUACCGUGGCUGGAAUAAUUCACCAAAGAUCCACACUGAGGAGGGGAACCUCGUGACGACGUUAUGGUCAUCUUGGACCACUGUUGUGGUCGUCCUAGAUCACAGUGUACAUUUAGUUUAGUACAGGUACACACAAAUACAGUUACACAAAUUAUCAUACAGAGUAAAAUAUACAAAAAAAAAAAAACAUGGGAGAGUUGAACGAUAGCUCUAGUGCUCUUGUGUUGCAAUCAACACAUAAUCAGGAGCUUGCAGUGUUGCAGAAAUGAGUAGGAAUUCCAGGUAGCUAGAGUCGUUCCUUUGAACGAACCUACCUGGACUUCCUACUCAUUGCUACAACACUGCAAGCUCCUGAUGUUGUUGUAAUUGCAACACGAGACCCUAGAGCUGCCUUUCAACUCCCCCCCCCCUCUUGGUUGUUUCGCUUGGUCGCGAUUAUCACAUACCAACAUACGUAUAAAUUACCCAGGAUAAUCCCCCCAAAAAGGUCAAAGUGACUACCACAGACUGAAAAGUCGCUUCAAGGUUCCUUUCCGAUGUGCGAAUUUUUCGCGAAUAAAUUCAGGUGUCGUGUUUAGAAAAUGUGAUUUUUUUCUUACCACUAAAUCUUGUCAGUGCAUUCUUAGUGAACUUUGUUGUAAUAUUGGCUCACAUUGUAACACCUCUGAUAAAUAUCUCUACUGAUGCCUCUAUAAACUAUAUUUUCGUAUUACUCGCAAUAGAAAAUCUUUGAUAUCUGAAUGAGUAUUUUCACCUGGACCUGAGUACCUGCUGUUGAACUUUAGACAAUUAUAUUUAUCUAAAACUACCUGGUCAGCCAUAUAUCUAGUAUUAAAUAUGUACAAGAAUAUCAUUGGGACAGUAGACUUGUAGAUAAAGAAAGUAUAAUAAUUAUAUUGUAUCACUGUGCCAAAUUACUAGUUUGUAAUAUACCGUAUUUCCCGGCAUAUAAGGCGCGCUUCCCUCCCUCCCCUCCGUCUUGGAAAAUCAGCCUGCGCCUUAUAUGCUCAAGGUCAGGGUCAAGGGUAGGCUUUGUGUUACGCUUUAGCGUAAGAUAAGAGGGUAAUUAGCCCUUGAAUAUGAUUACUAAUUUACCAUUAUGAUACUUAUGUCGUGUGCCUUAUAUGCUGGAAAAUACGAUAAUCUGCCAUAGCAUAUCAUUGUUUAGGUUAUAGAUUCACAUCAGAUUAUUUUUCCUAUUUAUUUAUGAAGCCAAGAUCGUUUUCCUAUGUGUGUGCAUUUUGAGGGCUCCAGAGUACCAUCUGUUUCCUCUCUUACUUCUUUAUUUUGUAUUGUUUAUUCAUUUAAAGUAAGUAUUUUUUAUUAUUUAAAAUACUGUGGGAUGAAGGACAAGAAUGUGUGUUUAUAAAUGAAGGUUUGAGUACUGGGGAGUGUGAGUGUUGUGAAGGUACAGGUUUGUUGAAUGAGAAACUUGUGCAGCACUUGGGUAUCUUUAUUGAGGAAACUUUAAGCCAGCCAGUGGCUUUUUCAGUCCAAUACAAAGAAAAACGGUCGAAGAUGAGAAAUUUGAGGUAAUCAGUCCCUCAGCCUGGAGUCGAUAUGUUUCAGUCCAUCAGUCUUGAGAAAAGUACUUUUUCCAGAAGUUACACAAGUGUCUCAUUCUUCAGCUUGUAGGAUUUCUAAAGCAUUUAUCACAUAAACAUUUGUUACAAAGACUUCGCCAACCUUAUGACUAAUGAAAAAAUUAAAAGGAUGAGUGCAGAUGUACAGUACACAAAAGUACAGUACAGUUAGGGGGCAAAAUGAACACAAAUGGAGUAUAAUGCGAUCCUUUAUUGACUACGUUUCGCCCACAUAGUGGGUUUAUCAGAUCACAAACAGUACUUGGGUAAACAGGUAGGUUCACCAGGACAUCCUGGCCCGGGUCUUCUCCAUUUGGUGACGCGACCAUCCUGGGUAAAGAGUACAUGAGUAUAUAUAGUGUGGAGAGUCAGGUAGAGAAUGUGGUUUCUGAGGGGAAGUCCAAAGGGGCUAAGGCUAAGCUUAGGGAAGUUGAAGAUCAGGAUAUAUGCUGCAACACCAAGUAAGUUAGUCCUUUAUACGUGCAUGCAGGCGAGUUUCUUGCAACAUCAAUCAUUUGUGAAAAUCUGUCCUAUAAGCCACUUGUGAGGCUGAGGUACCCACCUCAGAGCUCGGUGUCAACAGAGUUUGCCAGGGUAGGCGACUCACUUGGAGGCAGUCCACACAAAUUUUCACACCCAGGAUGGUCGCGUCACCAAAUGGAGAAGACCCGGGCCAGGACGCAGUUCCUGAGGAAUCAAUCCAUCAGUUACCCAGGGUGUCUCAACCUAUGGGGAGUUACCGCCGGGUCACCACAUGAAGAAGACCCGGGUUAGGUUAUUUUAGUGAACCUACCUGUACCUUUUCACCCUGUUUGUGACUUGAUAAAGCCCACUGUGUGGGCAUUUGUGUUUAUUUUUCCAUCUUUUCGGUAUUUUAUACCUUUUAUCUCCACAGUUAGAGGCAGCUCCAGAAUUUCUGUAAGGAGGGACUCAGAGGUGGCAGUCUUGCUGGAAGGGAGGAGGUCUAGGGAACUUAACUUGAAUCUUGAGUUAUUGCUCUCUUAUUUAACUGGGUGUCUUCUCCUUGGUUCCGACAGAGAAGUACAAUACACUGAAGUACACAGUACAGUAAUAUUUCAGAGACAAAAAUUUUCCAUUUUAAUAAGCCCAAGUUUGUAUAGAUAAGAAGAGCUAGAUAGAAAUAAAUAUUACCUUUGUUCCCUCAGCAUGUGUAUUUUUUUUUUAAGAAUGGGGAAUAGGAUAAACGAUUAGAGUGAAGUUUUUAAGAACUGUAUAUACAUUACUAAAUGUUGCUGUGAUAGGGAAUGGUAGAAUGGUUGGACGUAGAGAUGGUAGAAUAAAUAGAGGUAGAGAUGCUGUAAUGGUUUGAUAUAGAGAUGCUGGAAUGGUUUGAUGUAGAGAUGCUGGAAUGGUUUGAUGUAGAGAUAUUGGAAUGGUUUGAUGUAGAGAUAUUGGAAUGGUUUGAUGUAGAGAUAUUGGAAUGGUUUGAUGUAGAGAUAUUGGAAUGGUUUGAUGUAGAGAUAUUGGAAUGGUUUGAUGUAGAAAUAGUAGAAUUUCUUAUGUAGCAAGUAUGAGGUUACGCCUUAAUGUGGGUAUAAGAGAGAAUACACGCACUGGAGUGUCACAGAGCAAGACUGUCGACAAAUUGAGCCAUUAAUAACUACUCUGUUAGCAGUCACAUUUAACUAUUGAUGACACAGUUGCCUUGGAGUUAGAUUAUUAUUAUUAUUAUAAUCAAGGGGGAAGCGCUAAACCCGGAGGAUUAUACAGCGCCUGGGGGGGGGGAUGUGGAAGGCAUUCAGGCUUAAUUCGGGGAACUGGAGCACAGAUCCAAUUCCCUAAGUCAAGAGCCCCUCACCAACAUCAAGGAACCUUCCUUGAGGGGCUUGGAGUUAGUUAUGAACACGCAGCAGUAGUUAGCUGAAUUUGGUGGCCCCUGUUGGCACUACAGUGAUUGCCAGUAGUGUUCUCAAUGACUUUUCUGAGUGUCAUUUUGAUUAAUGACUGUGCCUGAGGCGAAAUACACAUAACCAGUAGGCUGGUUGAGUUGAUUUUUUUUAUCCGGUCUUACAAGGGAUAAAUUUAUUAAUAUAGAAGCAUACAAUAAGAGAUAGUAAGAGUCGAGUCUGGUGAAGGGGUGUGUCUUUGUGGGCAUUUAUGUGAUAAUAAUAAUCUUUAUUUCUACAAGUACAUGAUACAACUUAUAGAGAGUAUAGUUGACAUCAGCGACAUGUUACUACAUAGAAAGCCUGGUUAUGCAGAGCAUUUCGGGCAAAUUAGGUCAAUUUUGUCCCCAGGAUGUGACCCACACCAGUCAACUAACACCCGGGUACCCAUUUUACUGAUAGGUAAACAGGGACAGCAGGUGCCUUAAAGAAACACGGCCCGGUAUUUCUUGUGAAUAUUGAAACAUAAAACUUUUAACAUUCUGCACCUCCCAGCGUACACCAUAGAGAUAUAUAACAUGCAAAAUACUCAGAUUCAAAAUUCAUUCCAACAUGAUACAUUGUUUAUAUAGAAAUGAGUGACUGUUGAUAAUGCGUGUAGAAAGUCCAUGGUUAUGCAGAACGUUUUGGGCAAGCUGAAGCCUGACUCAGGGAAAUGAUACUGCAGACAAUAAUAUACGUUUGUAAGUGGGAAUCAUGCACAACACCACACAGUUGGACAGUUAGACAAAUGAGUCAUGUGGAUGUUGGGAAGUAUUUAUUCAGCCUCAGGGUAGUUUGGAAGUGAAAUGACGAGGUUGUAGUAGUAGUGGAGGGAGGUUUCAUGCGUAGUUUUUAAGAGUAUGUAUGACAGGGCCCCAGAGGAUAGGAGUGAGUCUGGCAAGUGGUAGGUUAUGGGGUGGAGCCAAGACUCGACCCCUGCAACAACAUACUGGUAAAUACGUGCGCCCAUCCACCCUAGGCCAAGUGUAUAUCGACAGGUGCUUUUGACCCACGGUGUACCCGGGUAUAAUGGAGGAAUAUUUCUUAAGCGGUAUAACCCUCUAGGGUUCCUUACCAUUGCGUAGUCGAUAGGAUUUAAACUCAGUAACGCAGCACACCUCCGCCAAACAUGACUUGAGACCAAAUUCUCAUUUUUUUUUUUUUGUGAGAAUGGACGUAAGUGAGAACUCAAGACCCGGUGCUGGUGGCCACAGAUGUAGAAAAUAGGUACUUAAUGAGAGACGGCUCAAAAGGCCUUCAUCAGUACAACGUUUCGCCUACACGAGAUGUUACUUGAUAAAGCCCCGUGUUGGUCAAACGUCGUAGCGAUGAAGUCUUAUUUCUGCUCUACUUGUCAUUACUUUAGCUAGAGAAAAUAUGUGAACGGACACAAGUGGAACUAAUGCGACAUUGUGGCAAUGUUGCGCUCUUCAGGAGCUUUGUCAAGCCGUAACGGCUUGUCAAAACUGUUACGGCAUGUCAAAACUCCUGGAAAGCGAAACGUUGCCGCAAUAAAAUGUCCCAUUAGUUGACUUGUGUCCUUUUACCUAACAUAUUGUCUGAAAUUCAACCAACGUAUUACAUUUUCUUACAUCCGAAGUAAUGACAAGUAGAGCAAAAAUAAUAUUUUUAUCACUACGACGAUUCACCAACAGGCAGUAAAAACAUGUGGUCCUCAGAUCAAGUCAUUGAACAUGUGUUAAUGUGAUUUGUGAUAUGCUCUAGUCUUGUAGAAUAAUAUAACAGUGUUGUUGUUUUGUGAUAGGUGAGCAUUUGGCGAGCACCUUCAAGUGUAAUACUGUUGAACGAUGGAUGAGUCUGCCAUCCUUCCUACAGUAGUGGGUGUUGUUCCACAACCAUUCAUUACUGUACCAUCCUUGGUACAGUGGUGGGUGUUCCACCACCAUUCCUUACUGUACCAUCCUUGGUACAGUAAUGUUUGUUAUUCCAACACCAUUCAUUACUGUAUUAAAAUGGUACAGUAGUGAGCAUUCAACCAACAUUCAUUAAUGUACCAUCAAUGGGACAGUAGUGAACAUUCAACCAUUCAUUACUGUACCACCAGUGGUACAGUAGUGAGCAUUCAACCAUUCAUUACUGUACCAUCAAUGGUACAGUAAUGAGUAUUCAACUAACAUGCAUUGCUGUACCAUCAGUGGUGCAGUAAUGAACAUUCAAUUAACAUGCAUUACUGUACCAUCAGUGGUGCAGUAAUGAGCAUUCAACUAACAUGCAUUACUGUACCAUCAGUGGUACAGUAGAGAGCAUUCCACCAACAUUCAUUACUGUACCACCAACGGUACAGUAGUGGUACAGUAAGUGAAUGUUGCUGCUGCUACCUUGUGCCCAGGGUCAGGCUGACAACUUCAUUGUUUUGAAGAUUAAGUGUAUUCAAAGGGAAAAAUAGUAUAGAGUGUAUAUACCGAUAUUUGAAUGGUUUUUGUCUCGGUCUGGUAGAAAUGGCGCAAAUUGCCAAACAUGGAAAUACGCAAACGUUAUUUAAAGGUCUUAAAUAAAAUUCUGAUUGUUCCCCUUCUCUUUCUCUCUCUCAUUCCUCCAUUAUCGAGUCUUGAUAUUUUAAUAAGUAUCGAAACUUAAUUGUUUUUUUUUAGAUUAAUUUCUGAGUAGGUUUACAUUCCUGCAAAAGCAGUUUCGAUUUUUUUUGGCACUCCGGAUAAUUGUGUGUUACGAUACGAGUGAAUCAGGUGAUACAAAAUUUUGAACUAGAAAGUUUCGGUGAUGCUUGAAGGUAACUUGGGUGUGUGUGUGUGGAUAUGAAUGAUAACUUCCCAGAAUGAUUGACGCGGUGAAUGUUCUCUCUCUCCUUGUGCAACACUUGCAUCAAGAUACCCAAGUGUUGCACAGGUCAUCGAUUUGUCGGUUUUCUGAUCCAUUUAUCUACUGUUCUCUCUUCUCCAUUUCAAAUCUGACACUUUUCAAGUUUAAUCUUUGUUUCUCUAUUACCACUUAAUUUGGUUUGAUCUUGGUUAGAUUUUUUUAACCUGUCUUAUGUAAAUUGUCAGAUUUUCCCUCUUUAGAGAAAUAUUGGAAGUUCCAUUAUUUUUUUUUUAUCCCUUUUAAGUUGAACUCUAAAAAAAUAAUCUUCCUGUUUGUUGAUGGUUUUUGGAGGCCCGUUUAUUUUUUACCUUUUUUAUAUACUUCAUAUGCUAUAAACUUAGAAUUCCCUUAAAGAUUAUACAAAAAGGUGGUAUAGCCCAAUGCUUACUGUGGUACAGUACCACUGUACUUACCUAACAUUCCAUGUUCCAAAAAAAGGCUUAACGUGAACAUUCCUCUCAAACAAAGUGUAUACAUAAUUUGUAAUUUAUUUAUUUUGAAAGUUAGAUGUACAGAAACUAGUUUGAGAUUAGUUGCAAUAAUGUAUAACUAGGAAGGAGUGCGGUUCCUUAUAACUACUGCCUGACCGAGGUCAUAACUGUGACUUUGGGUGAACGCUCCAAUACACGGUUAUGUCCACAAUAUGCCUUGUAAACGAGUUUGUAAUUGUUGUUGAUGUGUGGAUUCCAUCAUGUUAUACUGUCCCUUAUGGGAUCACUAUGUACUCAACGUAUUAAAUGCCUUACAUAAAUGUUACUUAAUGUGAUUGAUACAACAUAUUGAUGUUGUUAAUCUAGAUGUUGACUAUUAUUGAUGUUUCCCCAUUAACUGUGAAACGACAGUAGCCUUUCUGAUGGAAAAUUGGUCGACUUGCCCAAGUAUGGAUUUCAGUGUAACUUUUUUUUUUUAAAUCGCGGUACGUACUUUUAUCUCUGGGAAAAAAAGGACACACUAAGGCUCGUGUCCUUGACGGGUGACUCAGUGUCACACUGCAGUCCGUGUCCUUGACAGGUAGCUCAGUGUCGGCUUUAGUUUCCACUCGAGCAUACAAGACAUCUGCUUCAGGGAUACUAAAAUAAUAAAAAAAAGAAAUGUUUCUCGUGCGCGAGAUGGUAUGAAAGCUUUUGAAAUCUUAGAAAUUUCCAAGUGUGCGAAAAUUGAUACUUUCGCCCCUUCCUGACCGCACUACUGAAAUCAGGCAAGAAGAAAAAACAUCGGCUGAUUUCAACAGUUAAUGGCUUGUAUUCACUGACACGCCUUGUGUUGCUGCCACUUUGGAUUCCGCAGAAAUUCAUGAAAGCUAGUAUAUUUCUUUUUAAGACGCGAGGCUUGUUUUAGAAAAAAAAUUGUGGUUUUUAAUCUAUUAGUUUUUUAUGUAUUGUCGUAUAUAGGUGUCCUAUAUUUUAUUUAUGGUUAUAUUAGUUUUUUUUUUCUAUUUUAAACCAAACGGCAGUAACCCCCACCCCUACCCCCAUUGUGUGGAAUGUUGUAAAUGGCGGGGGUACAGGCGAGGCACAACCUCCGUCCUUCACAAGGGCCAUGAAGGGUGACAUACCCUUUUUCCCUCGCACCUCGCUAGGGCCUCCUCAACCCUGUGCACCCCCCCUUCCCCACCCCGCAGCACACUCCUGUGCACACGCCCCCAGACUCCUGUGCACAUCUCUGUCCAUUUACAUACCUCGUGUAUGCAUGAUCUCCAGUAUGUGCGCACUUCAUGUUUUGGAGACGAUCCCCGUGCUGCCAGCGCCGGGACGUACAUGUCCACAGCGUAUUAACGUACAUCUUGUGUCUACACGCCAUCCGUGUGCAUGUUGGAAUAUUCCUGCCGUACACACACACAUACACCUCUCAGUGUAAGCACAGACCCCAAGGUGUGUGCACGGUGUGUACCUGAUUGCUUUCUUGCAUUACUGUGUGACAGGAGGCUCAGGGUGUACACAAUGUCCAAGUUUCCGCACACGCUUUGUGUACGCGGUACAACACUUGUGUGUACCCACAAGCUGUGUGCACACAACCCACUCAAAGCUAUUUACGUAAAAGCCAAAAUUGUGCACUCAACUGUGUGUGCGUCGCCCUUCAGUUUGUACGAGCAAGCUGUGUAUGUAUAAUCCUCUAUGUGCACACAAGACUUAUAUGUACAACUUUUAUUAUAUGCACACAGCCGUGUUAACAUACAAUCCCAGGAUGUGCACACAGGUCAUGUGCACAGGUGUAUGUACAACCUGAGUAUGUGCUCUCAAGCCAGGUAUACGUACAACCCUAGAAUGAGUGCACAAGCCAUGUAUACAUACCCCAGUAUGUCUACACAAGCCAUGUGUACAUACAACCCCAGUUUGUGCAUGAGUGUGUUGGAAGGAACUGAGCUUAUUUUGGACAUACCAUAUGACAGGGUAUGAUGUAUAUUUCUAUUGUGAAUUUGGAAAUAAAUAUUUAUUAUGUAUUA